AUGAACCCCUUGAAAAGGUUUCAUAAACUAUAUAAUUCUACUUCUUCAAUUCAUUUCAGAAAUUUCUCUCUUUCCCUUCCCAAUUCAAACCUAGUUAGUGUUAAUGCCGAUUCUACCAGUGUAUCAAAUUUGCAAUAUCUCUUGCAAUUAUGUGCCAAAACAAAUUCUUCCAUGGCUGGAAGAACAUGUCAUGCUCAACUCAUUCGUAUUGGAUUCCAAACUGACAUAUUAACAUCAAACAUGCUGAUUAACAUGUACUCUAAAUGUUCAUUAGUUGAUGAUGCUCGUAAAGUGUUCGAUGAAAUGCCGCUUAAAAGCGUUGUUUCAUGGAACACAAUGAUUGGAGCAGUAACCAAGAUUUCUGAGGAGCAAGAAGCACUCAUGUUGUUUAUUCAAAUGCUAAGAGAGGGAACAUUGUUUAAUGAGUUUACUAUUUCCAGUGUUCUCUGUGAGUGUGCUUUUAAAUGUGCUAUACUUGAGUGUAUGCAGUUGCAUGCUUUUUCGAUUAAGGUUUCUGUUGAUUCGAAUUGUUUUGUUGGGACUGCUUUGCUUCAUGUUUACGCGAAAUGUUGUUUGAUAAAAGAUGCGAGUAGGAUGUUUGAGAGUAUGCCGGAAACAAACGCGGUUACUUGGAGUUCGAUGCAGGCGGGGUACGUGCAAAACGGGCUUCAUGAGGAGGCGUUGUUGCUUUUUCGUGAUUAUCAGUUGAUUGGUUUUGAGCAGGACGUGUUUAUGAUAUCGUCUGCUGUUAGUGCUUGUGCGGGUCUUGCAAGUUUGAUUGAAGGGAAGCAAGUGCAUGCUGUUUCUUGUAAGUCGGGAUUUGGUUCGAAUAUAUAUGUUUCUUCGUCUUUUAUAGAUAUGUAUGCGAAAUGUGGUUGUAUACGAGAAGCAUACCUUGUGUUUCAAGGUGUGGAGGUGAGAAGCGCUGUUUUAUGGAAUGCUAUGAUUUCUGGGUUUGCUAGACAUGCUUGUGCGCUAGAGGCUAUGAUUUUAUUCGAAAAAAUGCAGCAGAGAGGCUUCGUUCCUGAUGAUGUAACAUAUGUAUCUGUACUAAAUGCGUGCAGUCAUAUGGGUUUGCAUGAACAGGGGCGUAAAUAUUUUGACCUCAUGGUUAGACAGCAUAAUCUUCAGCCGAGUGUUCUUCACUACUCAUGUAUGGUUGACAUUCUGGGUCGUGCGGGACUUGUUCACAAGGCUUAUGAAUUGAUAGAGAGAAUGCCGUUUAGUGCAACUAGUUCUAUAUGGGGUUCACUCUUAGCUUCUUGUAGAAAUCAUGGAAAUAUUGAGUUUGCUGAGAUUGCAGCCAAGCAUCUGUUUGAAAUGGAACCUGAUAACGCAGGAAACCACAUCUUGCUAGCAAACACUUACGCAGCAAAUGGAAAGUGGGAGGAAGUUGCGAAAGCAAGGAAGCUUCUUCGAGAGAGUGAAUUGAAGAAGGAGAGAGGUACAAGCUGGAUUGAAAUUAAGAACAAGAUUCAUUCGUUUACCGUUGGCGAGAGAAAUCAUCCACAAAUCAAGGAGAUUUAUGCUAAGUUGGAUGAUUUGGUGGAAGAGUUGAAGCAGUUGAAUUACAAGGUUGAUACCAAUAAUGACCUGCACGAUGUAGACGAGAGCAAAAAGCAGAUGCUUUUGAGGCACCACAGCGAGAAACUUGCUGUCACCUUUGGAUUGAUGUGUUUGCCAAGUGAUAUACCUAUAAGGAUUAUGAAAAAUCUUAGAAUUUGUGGUGAUUGCCAUAGUUUUAUGAAACUUGUGUGUAAGUUUACAAGCAGGGAGAUUAUUGUUCGGGAUACAAACCGAUUUCAUCACUUCAAAGAUGGUUCAUGUACUUGUGGAGAUUUUUGGUGA